UGAAGCUGAUUAUUUGCAGGGGGAUUUAAACAGAGAGAAUGGAAAGUUGUGGACAAGACAUGGCCAGGGCUGACAGCUGAGGCAGGACUGGCAGCUGGGGCAGGGACAGGCAGGACUGACAGCUGGGGCAGGACUGGCAGCUGGGGCAGAGACUGGCAGCUGGGGCAGGACUGGCAGCUGGGGCAGAGACUGGCAGCUGGGGCAGAGACUGGCAGCUGGGGCAGAGACUGGCAGCUGGGGCAGAGACUGGCAGGGAUAUAAGAAGGACUGGCAGCUGAGUGCAGAAGGCAGACCAAGAGAGACAAGUGGGGAUUCAAGAGUUAACGAGGACUCCAAGGAACCAGGGUCCUGAAGGUGCCUCCCAGGAGACUGAGAUGGCCUCUGCCAACGAUCCAAGGUACGGACAUCGAGAUGCUUCGGACCAGAAUUUUGACUAUAUGUUCAAGCUGCUGAUCAUUGGGAAUAGCAGCGUGGGGAAAACGUCCUUUCUGUUCCGGUAUGCGGAUGACACUUUCACGCCUGCUUUUGUCAGCACUGUGGGAAUAGACUUCAAGGUGAAGACAGUCUAUCGAAAUGAUAAAAGGGUGAAGCUGCAGAUCUGGGACACAGCUGGACAGGAAAGAUACCGGACCAUCACCACGGCCUAUUACAGAGGGGCAAUGGGGUUCAUACUGAUGUACGACAUCACCAAUGAGGAGUCGUACAACGCUGUGCAGGACUGGGCUACCCAGAUCAAGACCUAUUCCUGGGACAACGCACAAGUCGUUUUAGUGGGAAAUAAAUGCGAUAUGGAGGACGAGAGGGUGAUAGCGCCUGAAAAGGGGAAGCACCUUGCCGAUCAACUUGGGUUUGAGUUUUUUGAAGCAAGUGCAAAGGAGAACAUACAGGUGAAGCAGGUCUUUGAGCGCCUUGUGGAUAUCAUCUGUGUCAAGAUGUCGGAGAGUCUGGAAAAUGAGCACGCUGCAGCCAGCGGUGGGAAGAACCUGCGCUUUACAGACGCUGCAGACCCCAUGCAGCAAAAAUGUUCCUGUUAAUCCAUUCCUCUCCUCCCCGGGAGCAACCAGUGAAGCUUGGACUCGUUGUGUUACCGUUUCCUCUAUUUGGUAAAACAUUGCCGGUCUGUGCCGGGGAUAGAAUGUGAACCGCUACUCAAGCCAUGUUGAUGUCCCAGGAUACAAUGGCUGGAAUCUGAUUCCGUAAAUCCGAAUAUCUGCCUAGGAAUACAGUAACGCAGAUAGAAGUAACAAUAGGAGAUGUUCUUAAUACGUAAUUGUAUGGAAAAGUGACUACUGUCCUGUGUGUGGUGUAAUUCUUAGCUUCCGAAAUACACACGUGUGCUUUUAUGACCUAUGUCUACAAUUGUGUGUCAUAGAAAUGUAAAUAUAUAAAUAUAUUACCGUGUUAAAUCCACCGACAAUAAAGUUAUUUG